AUGGAAUCGCAAGCUCAUCUUUCGGAACACGAGAUAUCAGAUAGCGCAGACGUGGUCGAUGGUGACAUCGAUGAAGAAGAGGACGAUGUCUCGAUUUCGUCUAUAUCUGACAAACCCCCACCAUGGUCAGGAACUCGUUGGGCUCGUUUCUUCCCUGAGCUGUCCUCUCAUUUCUCCUUGACUUCUCCGACGAACGGUGCAAAUCCUUUCUCCCAUCAUCACAUGAAGGGCGCACCUCAUGUGGAUAGUCAACUACAGCAACCGGAGAGAAGUAAAGGGCGUUCUUCUUUGUCAUCCGACGAGGUGGCGGAUAACAGAUCGUCGAGUUACACCAGCAGGUCAUCCUUAACGAGUCAGGGAUCCGAAGCUACAUCACCAACCCGUAAAUCGGCCGAUGGCUUUCACAUAUCAUCUCCCGCUGUGGCUGGCGCUCUGGGGGAGUCAAAUCCUGAGCAGCAAAUUCCCCAUCCCUUACAAAAGCGGCCUUCGAUUGCCCAGUCUAUAGACAAGCCUCUUCCUCAAGAGCCACCGAUCGAGUUGACUCCCCUAUCAAUCCGCCAUAAGACGUCCCAAACGCGGGAUUGGGAACUGGAUCACUAUACCCGCUUGAAACCUCCGCCGCGCUCAAUCACGAAACCAAGCUAUCAUCAUUCGACGCUGUCGCAGGCGACCAACGACCUGGAAAGGACUUUGGCUGGACUCACCGAGCAGCGCCAGGUACCAGAGCAACUUUCACCUCGCAGUCCUCUUCAGGUCCUCGAUGGGCCUUUGCAGAUUAGUAGAGGCAACAUGGACAUGGUUGCUACGCGACCAGCCCCUCGCCCCCCUGCUAGCGCGCAUGAAAGCCAACAGAUCCGCAGAACCACAUCCCCCGAAGACACGAAACGAACAAAGAAACCACAUAAGACCAAGCCGCCGUUCUCCUUUGCAGUGCCAAGCUUCGGUCGGAAACUUAGCCGUGCCCAUCAGCGAUCUACUAGCAGCUCUAGCUCAAAAUCAGAGCCUGAGUCAUAUCGGGCCAGUGUCCUACAUCCGCCAGUGGUUGCGGAACUCGAAGACUGUGGAGUCGCUGAACUACAAGGGUCUUCAAUCAAUGGCUUUGGGGGAAGGCCGGCAUCCGCAGGCGGGGAGAAAGAGCUUCGGAUGAAGCUUCCCCGCCUUCAAACAAAGGAAAUGGGGACACUUCGCCGGGCAAGCAUAAGGCGGCCUUUCAACUCGACGGGAGGUCAUAUCCACACCACUCGUGAACACUCAGAACCGCAUCAAAGGCCACUCGAGAGAGCAAGGAGCGUGUCCCUCGGCGAAAAAUAUUUCGUGUCAUACAGUAAAUCCGGUGAGACGUCAUCGAUCUUUACGCGUCAAGACCAACAAGUUCCCACAGCUCCAGGGACUGUCUAUGAACUGGAGGCCAGUCUCCCAUUGCCGCCAGCUGAAUUGCAAGGCGAUAUUAUGACCUCGACCUGUGAAACUAUAGGUGCGAUGCCUGCGAUGCCUGCGACUCUGCCUGUUCGCGUCGUUCUGUCGAUCUUGGAGCAGGUCAAUUCACUUGAUGAGCUUUUCAACGUUGCAGUUCUUCGCAGAGAUUUCUAUCGCGUGUUUAAGCAGCACGAGCUGAGGCUCAUACGAAGGGCGGUUUUCGCAACGUCUGCGCCAGCGUGGGAGUUACGUGAGAUGAGCCCUCCAUGGGACGCCGAAUGGCAAAUUCUGUUCGAUCCUGAUGCCCCAGUGCCAGAGUACACUCCGGCCUGUUAUCUCAAGCGCUAUGCCCAGGAUAUCUACACGCUGGCACAUCUCAAGUCCCUUAUACUAGCUCGGUGCGGGACUUUUCUGCGUCCAGAAACGAUCCGUGGGCUGUCCGGCAUGGAUGAUGUCCGUGCUACGGAGAUUGAUGACGCCUUCUGGCGUGUUUGGACGUUUUGCCGGAUUUUCGGAUCUGGGAAACAUAGAGAGGGAGACAUUGUGGGCCAGCUAGAUUGGCUGAGGGGUGGUGCCAUGGCUAUGGGCCGACGUGUGUCGGUGGUCACGUCUAUAGCUGAUCCGUAUGAUGCCAAUAGCGUCUUGUUCGAGCCCCCUGCCGGAUUCGGUCACGGUAACAAGGGUGGUUUAUCCAAGGAGCAACUUCAUGAUAUGACCGAGAUCUGGACUUGCCUAGGCGUGCUGCUUCAACCAAUGCACGGUAAGUGUAGUGAAGCGCGAGCGGCUGGCAUCUUCGAUGGGCACGAUGUGGCAGUAAAUGAUCCUGCAAAAGAAGAGGCAGUUUUAGAAGAGUGGACGUACUAUAUCCUCACGCUCGGGCUUUCGGCGGUCUUGAUACUCGGUUCGAUUCAUGCCUAUGAUGAUACUGCUGUGGUUUUUCAAAGGGCUCGAUCAAUGGGCUUGACAAAAUGGGAGCCUUCUGACACUGGUGCGAGCCGUUGCACGUUCCUCAGGGAGGCUGUGUCAAAGGCUUGUCAGCCACGGCGAAGUAUCCCAUCUCAAACAUCUCUACGCUCUCCUAGCUUCAAUUCCCAACCAUCCGGGUCAUCGCUCGUCAGUCGGGAAGGCUCUCCAACGACCAGCAGCCCCAGUGAGAGAAUGCCUUCUCCUGACUUCCACCGCCGACGACAAGCCGCCUAUUCUGCCCAAAUAAGGAACCAAAAGCAGCAGCAGCAACUAAGUCCAUACGGUGUUAUGCUUGCGGAAGAACGGCCCUUAUCUCAGUACGCAACAAUCAUGAGCCGUUUGGAAGCUCGCGCGCCCGCGCCACAACCACCGAUGUCUGUGUCGAGGAUGGCAACGUCACCUACUAUCCACUCCCAUGUCCCGAACGUUCAUUAUAUGCAGGCGCCCCAGCCGGUCACGCCGGUCAUGCCGGUCUAUCGACCACAGGUCCGAGAUCCUGUUGAUCAGGCCCUCGACACGAUGGUCCGGGAGCUUGGCUUUGAAGAAGAAAAGGCCAAAUGGGCCCUUAAAGUAACCGAUAAUGGCGAAGGGAUUAACGUAAAUGCAGCAAUAGCGUUGCUUAUAAGGGAACACAAGAGCCACGAGCAAAAUCAUAGGGGAUUCUCCUUGAGAAAACGCAAGAGCUUUCUAUCAUCUGUCAUUAACAGUCCGGAGUCGCGGUAUUCCGGCUGGAAAUGGGCUUAA